CGCAUGUACAGACGCAGUCCACUGACCAACUGCUAGCGGCUAUAAAUUCAUUUUACUCUGAACUGGGGAACUGACUGAAGUGUCCGAAAUAUUUAUUAGGAACUUUCAACAGUAGUUGUGAAACGAGCGUAUAUUUUCAGCAAAGUAGAAUUUGACAUUACUUAAAUUGAGCGCAGUGCCAGUGCGCAGUGACUGGUGCGAAGUUCGCGGUUGGCUCAGUAUUGUUUGUUCUCAGUCGCCGGUCAAUAUCUCAGCUGCGAUAGUAACGUUAGCUAGUUAGCGCUACACGGAGGUUGAGUUGAGUGGUCUACUUUAAAUACUGACUUCAUACUGUUUGUGAAAGAAGUAUUCUACGAUUUUUGUGACUGAACUCAUUUCAGAAUUAAACGAGCUACAAUAAUUUCCUUCUUAAAAAUGGCUGCAACGUCGUUCGAAAUUGACGGAAGUGUAAUGGAGGGGGGGGGUCAGAUAUUGAGAGUGUCUGCGGCACUGAGUUGCAUCCAUGGCGCCUCUGUAAGAAUAAACAAAAUCCGAGCAGGUAGAAGUACACCAGGAUUAAGACCUCAGCAUUUGUCAGGGUUGGAGCUGGUGCGGGACAUGACUGGGGGCAAUCUGGAGGGAGCCGUGGUUGGAUCUACAGAAAUCACACUGACCCCUGGCAAAAUUAAGGGUGGGAAUCACAUUGCAGACACCCAUACUGCAGGGAGUGUGGGGCUGUUGCUGCAGGUCGCCCUGCCCUGUGCGCUGUUUGCUGCUGGGCCGUCUGAGCUCUGUCUGAAGGGGGGCACCAACGCGGAGAUGGCUCCUCAGAUCGACUACACCAUAAAGGUUUUCAAGCCAAUCAUGGAGAAAUUUGGGGUGCAUUUUGACUGUGAUCUGAAAAUGAGAGGGUACUAUCCCAAAGGUGGAGGUGAGGUGGUGGUCAAGGUCAAUCCGGUGAAGGAGCUGAGUCCCAUCAGCAUGACGGAGAGGGGCAACAUCACCAAGAUCUACGGCAGGGCCUUCGUGGCUGGCGUUCUGCCCUUUAAGCUCGCCAAGGACAUGUCAACGGCAGCCGUGCGCAGCAUCAGGAAGGAGAUCAAGGACUUGUACGUCAACAUCCAGUCUCUGCAGGAGAAGGACAAGGCCUGCGGCAAUGGGAACGGCAUCAUUAUCAUUGCAGAGUCUUCCACUGGCUGUAUAUUUGCUGGCUCCGCCUUGGGCAAGAAAGGUGUGUAUGCUGAUAAAGUGGGCAUUGAGGCUGCAGACAUGCUGCUGAGGAACAUCAGACACAACGGCUGUGUGGACGAGUUCCUACAGGACCAGCUCAUCAUGUUCAUGGCGCUGGCACAGGGCACAUCCAGAAUCCGCACCGGGCCAGUCACGCUGCACACACAGACCGCCAUCCACGUGGCAGAACAGCUCACGAAGGCCAAGUUUGUAGUGACGAAGGCGGAGGAUGAGCUUUCCACCAGCGACACCUACAUCAUCGAGUGCCAGGGAGCUGCCGUCCCCAACUCCAACUUCUAGUCCUUCCUCACCCUUACCCUAACCCCACCCAUUGGCCUUGACCCCCCCACUGUCACACAGAGCUGCCUGACUUCCUCUGGUGAUAGGACUGUAGCAGAAACACUACUGUGAUGUCACUGGUGUUGUAAAAAUGAAGCUGUCCUGGUGUAAGCGAUGAUGGAAGAGAUAGAAGCGGAGGACACCCAGAUGCAUUAAUUAUUCCUGGCUUUCCCCCCCCUCAAUAUUCUUUGAACAAAUGCCUUGAAGACCAGUCAUCCGAAUUCCCAACCCCCUACAUUAAUUACUACUACCCUCUUAGCUUGUGUUACUCAGGGUAUUGCCUUAUGCUGUAAUAAAACUAUUCUUUGAA